UUUGACGUAAUGGCUACGCCCAUUGACACAGUGACUGUUUUUGAUUGUCCAAUUUGUUUAGAAAAGUUAUCAAUUCCAAAGUAUCUUCCAUGUCUUCAUACAUUUUGUACGUUGUGUAUACAGACAUUUAUCGAAAAGUUUAAGAAGAAGUCCAGUUUUCUAUGUCCUGUAUGUCGACUUGAAGUCUCAACUCCGGAAGCAAACAUUACUUCUGAGGAAUGGGCCUGUAAAUUACCGCUAAAUCAUCUUCUAUUAUCACUUCAAGAUGCUUCAGAGAAAUCGAAUUCUCAAGAUGUUUUAUGUGAACCAUGCAAACGUGCUAGUGAAAAAAGGAAUGCCAAGUUUUACUGUAGAGACUGCAUGGACAGUUUGUGUGAAAGUUGUCUGACAUACCAUCAUAGAAGAAUUCGUCAUUAUGAAAGUCACAUAGUUACGGAUAUUUCAAAAUAUCCACAAGAGGUUAUGACAAAGGAAUUAAUUGUGGAGGAGCCGUGCAUGAUUCAUAAAAACAAAGUCCUAGAAGUGUACUGCUUUGACCAUGAAACUCUUUGUUGUAGCGUCUGUUUUGCAACAUUACAUAGAAAAUGCGAUGAAGUAAAAUCGCUUGAAGAAGUUGUCGAAAAAAUGGGAGAAAAUAUACAUCCAGCGAAUAUUAAUUCAGCACUAGCUUCAAUUAAAGCAAAGGCAGAUACAGAAAUCAACAAAACAAAGAACAACUUCAAACAACUUGAACAUAAACACGCACAAAUUGUAGGAACAGUUGUGGCUCAUGUUGAAGAAGCAAAACGGAAGUUAGAAACACUGAAAAACACUUUCAUUAAAGACUUUCAAAUAGUGCACGACAAUGAAAAAAGUCUUUUAUCAAAUACAGAGUUUGCCUUCCCAACAACCAAAUGUGUGGAGUUUGCCUUCUCAACCACCAAAUGUGUGGAGUUUGCCUUCCCAACCACCAAGUGUGUGGAGUUUGCCUUCCCAACCACCAAAUGUGUGGAGUUUGCCUCCCCAACCAUCAAACGGAAUACAAGGACUAUCAGUGAGAAUAAAUUAUGUGAGACAUACCCCGAACCAGCACUACAGGAAUCAGUGAAUGAAAACAAAGUGUCAUUAAAUGUGUCACCUUCAAAACCUGAAGGGAAUCCAUUUAACAGGGCAAAGCCUAAUACAAUGAAGUUACCAGCUCCCCCUCUUCCCCCUUCUAGUAAAACAUAUUCCCCAAAUAAUUAA